AUGGGGGCCAAUAUGACAGUCGCAGCUCCACAGCGUCCUUACAUACCACAGAUGCCACAAAUGCCAAAUAUUGAACAGAUGUCGUUCGGCCCUGAUGCUUCAGUAGAGCGACCGGAUCCAAUUAUGAAAACAGCAAUUGAGCCAGAAGGGGAAUACGAGCCCUUGUGCAAUCUGGAAACAUCGCUGCCACUGUCACCACCGAAAGAUAAGUCUUCGAAGGAGAAGAGUGCACAAGGCAAAAGGAAAGCUCCCCGAACCACUUUGGCAGAAAAGUCAAGGCCUCCCCGAACCUUUUCGGCAGAAAAGCCAAGGGCGCCUCAAGCCACUGCUCCACAGAAGCUAGCUGUGUCUCAAGCUGUAAUUCCACAAAAGGCGAACGUAGCCCAAGUCAGUGCAGCACAAAAGGUGAAUGCACCCCAAACCAGCACGGUACAAAAACCGAAUGUGCCCCACGCCACUACACCACAGAAGCCAGUUGUGGCUCAAGCCAGCACGCCACAGAGGCCAGUUGUGGCUCAAGCCAGCACGCCACAGAGGCCAGUUGUGGCUCAAGCCAGCACGCCACAGAGGCCAGUUGUGGCUCAAGCCAGCACGCCACAGAGGCCAGUUGUGGCUCAAGCCAGCACGCCACAGAGGCCAGUUGUGGCUCAAGCCAGCACGCCACAGAGGCCAGUUGUGGCUCAAGCCAGCACGCCACAGAGGCCAGUUGUGGCUCAAGGCACGCCACAGAAGCCCACCGUGCCUCAACGGAGCGCCCUACAGAAGCCAAAUGUGCCUCAAGCUGGCACUCCACAGAAAGCUGCUGUGCAGAAGCCAGCUGCGCUUCAAGCUAGCGCUCCACAGAAGCCCUCUGUGCCUGAACGCAGCGCGCUACAAAAGCCAGCUGUGACUCAAGCUAGCGCUCCACAAAAGCCAAUUGUUUCUCAGGUCAGUGCUGCACAAAAGCCAAGUGUGCCUCAAGCCGACGCCCCGCAGAAGGUCAAGGCUCCCCAGGUUGCCACUACUCAAAAGGCAAGUGCGCCUCAAGCCAGCGAACCACAGAAGAAUAGUGCGCCUCAAGCAAAACCCAAGACGCCCGUUGCAUGCGCUCCAAAGGGACCAGUCCAUCCUCAGCCCAAAGCUACUACUCCUACCCAGCAACUACCCUUAAAACCAUUUGCAGGGACCUCUAGUGAAUACGCCCAUACGCCUGAUUACAAUAAGUCUGUGGUGAAGACAGCAUUAAUUGUGCGACCGCCGCAGGACCAGGAAGCCGUAGCAAGUCCCUGGGCCAGGAACUACGACACCUUGAAACCACUGCCUGAUUCGAAGGACGUGUUCACGAAAGUUGUGCCAGUGAUUAAUAAGACGAAAUAA